AAUGCAGCAGUCUGGGUACAUCCCACCGAAGCGGUACGUCUGUACACAGACAAGAUGGCAGCUUCAUUGGAAGACGAAUUUGAAGAUGCACCUGACGUGGAGCCGUUAGAACCAACUCUGAAGAAUAUUAUCGAACAGAAAUCUUUGAAAUGGAUUUUCGUUGGUGGAAAAGGUGGUGUCGGUAAAACGACGUGUAGCUGCAGUUUGGCUGUCCAGCUGGCUGCUGUCAGGGAGAGUGUCCUGAUCAUCUCCACAGAUCCUGCCCAUAACAUCUCUGAUGCUUUUGACCAAAAGUUUUCUAAGGUGCCGACCAAGGUCAAGGGUUACGACAACCUUUUUGCAAUGGAGAUUGACCCAAGUCUGGGUGUGGCAGAGCUGCCCGAUGAGUUCUUUGAGGAGGACAAUAUGCUCAGCAUGGGCAAGAAGAUGAUGCAGGAGGCCAUGAGUGCUUUUCCUGGCAUUGAUGAGGCCAUGAGCUACGCAGAGGUCAUGAGGUUAGUGAAAGGAAUGAACUUCUCGGUUGUGGUCUUUGAUACUGCUCCUACUGGCCACACACUGCGUCUGCUCAACUUCCCCACCAUCGUGGAGCGAGGUUUAGGCCGCCUCAUGCAGAUCAAGAACCAGAUCAGCCCCUUCAUCUCUCAGAUGUGUAACAUGCUUGGUCUGGGCGACAUGAACGCAGACCAGCUGGCCUCCAAGCUGGAAGAAACUCUGCCAGUCAUUCGCUCAGUCAGUGAGCAGUUUAAAGACCCUGAGCAGACCACCUUUAUCUGUGUGUGCAUCGCUGAGUUCCUGUCGCUGUAUGAGACCGAGCGGCUGAUCCAGGAACUGGCCAAGUGUCGCAUCGACACGCACAACAUCAUUGUCAACCAACUCGUUUUCCCUGAUGCAGAGAGGCCGUGUAAAAUGUGUGAAGCACGCCAUAAGAUUCAGUCCAAAUAUUUAGAUCAGAUGGAGGACCUUUAUGAAGAUUUCCACAUAGUCAAGCUACCACUGCUUCCCCAUGAAGUUCGAGGUGCAGACAAGGUCAACACAUUCUCUAAGCAACUUCUGGAACCCUACAAACCCCCAAACAAGUGAUUCCCUCCUUGGCAGGACCUCCUCCGGAUCUCCCCCUCAACACUUCAGCUGUCUGAAUUCGCUUCCUCUGAAGUGCCCCCACAAACCAGCCUCAAACCCUCCAGUAACAGCCUCAAGAUUAUCCACAGUCUUCUGAAGCAAAGCACCAUCACAGCAAGACACACACCCACACCAAAGGGGAGCUGAUGAGAUCACACACACACACACACACACACAAACAGAAGCCGCUGUGCUGUGAGAUAAGGCAGCGUAUAUGUUGUAUAUGUGUACUGCCUUACUCUCUCUUCACCCUCUUGUUUUCAUAUCCUCUGUGGCAGUUCUUGUCUUAUAAUGCAUUUAACUUUUUCUCAAAAAGAAAAAAACACACAAAAAAACUUCAUCCUGUUCAGUGUCAAGCUUAAGUUGUGAAAACAAAGUGUAAGCAGCGAUGGUGCAAUGUACAGGAUAAACCAGCUUUCGGGUUUCAGGUUGUGAUUUGGUGGCUUCGUCUGUUCUCCAGUUUCACCUUUUAGAUAAAACUACAAACUCAUUUCUCUCCCAGACAUCGGGGUAUUCCAUCCAAAUUUCUAGAAUCAGGGUUUAACGGCAGGGAGAUGGAAAAUAUCUUCAGCACUUUUUCAUCUUUAAACCAUAAACCAUCCUUGUUAUUCCAAUAAAACCGGAACCAUCUAGAAUGCAUCUCUUAACGUUAGCCAGGUGAACAGACCUGUGGUGUAAAUGCUAUUGGCUGAAUAAAGUUGGGAGCUGUGCUUUUAAAACAUCAGAGCUUCGUUGUUGCUUCGAGGGUGGUGUGGUUAGGAGACACUAGCAGAAGCAAAUGUCACGUUUGAAAAGAUGGACAUUAAAGAAUUGCCUGAUAUUGAUGAGCUCACAUUACAAGUUCUCAAACAGUGCUCAUAAAGUUCAUCCAAAACUCCGCUCUGUCCAUUCUGUUUACUGAUUAAGAAAGAUUAUUGAAAGUAGCCUUAUUUAGUUGAUCUUUUUUCCAUGAAGAUUCAAGCAAAUGAAUGGUGAACAUCCUUACUCUGGUGAUUGAAUACAGGACUGGUUGAAGUUUCCUCAACAGAAAUAUGCAGGUAGACGACAGGUUAAUAACUUGUGUAAUUACCUUGCUCUGUCACUGAAUGCUUUUGAGUCAACAAUAAUCUGUUUUCUAUAGAUUUCUUUAAAUUAUAUUGCAAGAAUGAAUUAAAACAACCUUGCCUGGUUAACUGUC